AUGGAAGAUGAAGAGACGGAGUCAUCAGCCCCAAAAUCUGAGCUGAUUCGAGAACCAGAUCUCCUAUCCGACGUGUCAGAGAUGAAACAGGAUUUGAUCAAAAUGACUGCCAUCCUGACUGCAGAUGCAACAGAGAAAUCAUCCUCCUUAUCAGGGUGUGGUCUAGAGAAAGGGACUGAGGACGUUUCUGGAGAACCAUUAGAAAUAAUGGAGAAGGACUUAGAAAGAGUCAAAGAGGACCUAGAAAAAGUCAGCGAGAUACUGAGGAGUGGAACAUAUCAGGGGGAGGUGACAGAGGACGCAGCAAAGGCAGCUAGAAUGGCAGAGGAGUGGGUUCUCCUUUCAGACAACGCAGGCCUGACCACCGUUAGCUCCUUUGGCUCCUUUGGCUCCUCGCUUCUCCACUGCCUGACCAGUCGGCCACUUAAUGCCAGCGCACGCAGCACACGUGCACAGCCACGUUCUGACCCGCUGACCAGCUGA